GAGACACCGCUGCAGUUGCCGCCACAUCGGGGAUUUCUGGCUCUUUUCUCUUCGCCUUAAGUUCGGGUGUCUUUUAUGAAUAAUCAAAAGCAGCAAAAGCCAACGCUAUCAGGCCAGCGUUUUAAAACCAGAAAAACAGAUGAAAAAGAGAGGUUUGACCCUACUCAGUUUCAAGACUGUAUUAUUCAAGGCUUAACUGAAACUGGUACUGAUUUGGAAGCAGUAGCAAAGUUUCUUGAUGCUUCUGGAGCAAAACUUGAUUACCGCCGAUAUGCAGAAACACUCUUUGACAUUCUGGUGGCCGGCGGAAUGCUGGCCCCAGGGUUUUAACAAGUUAAUCAGGUGCUACAAAUACCUGGAGAAAGGUUUUGAAGAUGAAGUAAAAAAGCUGCUGCUGUUCUUAAAGGGUUUUUCAGAGUCGGAGAGGAACAAGCUGGCUAUGUUGACUGGUGUUCUUCUGGCUAAUGGAACACUUAAUGCAUCCAUUCUUAAUAGCCUUUAUAAUGAGAAUUUGGUUAAAGAAGGGGUUUCAGCAGCUUUUGCUGUAAAGCUCUUUAAAUCAUGGAUAAAUGAAAAAGAUAUCAAUGCAGUAGCUGCAAGUCUUCGGAAAGUCAGUAUGGAUAACAGACUGAUGGAACUUUUUCCUGCCAAUAAACAAAGCGUUGAACACUUCACUAAGUAUUUUACUGAGGCAGGCUUGAAAGAACUUUCAGAGUAUGUUCGAAAUCAGCAAACCAUAGGAGCUCGAAAGGAACUCCAGAAAGAACUUCAAGAACAGAUGUCCCGUGGUGAUCCAUUUAAGGAUAUAAUUUUGUAUGUCAAGGAGGAGAUGAAAAAAAACAACAUCCCAGAACCCGUUGUCAUUGGGAUAGUCUGGUCCAGCGUAAUGAGCACCAUGGAAUGGAACAAAAAGGAAGAGCUUGUAGCAGAGCAGGCCAUCAAGCACUUGAAGCAAUACAGCCCUCUACUUGCUGCCUUUACUACUCAAGGUCAGUCUGAGCUGACUCUGUUACUGAAGAUUCAGGAGUAUUGCUAUGACAACAUUCAUUUCAUGAAAGCCUUCCAGAAAAUCGUGGUGCUUUUUUAUAAAGCUGAAGUCCUGAGUGAAGAGCCCAUUUUGAAGUGGUAUAAAGAUGCAUAUGUUGCAAAGGGGAAAAGUGUCUUCCUUGAGCAAAUGAAAAAGUUUAUAGAGUGGCUCAAAAAUGCUGAAGAAGAAUCUGAGUCUGAAGCUGAAGAAGGUGACUGAAUUUUGAAACUACACCCUCAGUAAAGCAAACAGGAGUUGUAGAUAAAAUGUCAUGUCUCAUGUGUCCUGGUUCUUACAUCUUCCUACCUCCCUAUAUCAAGCAUGAUAUAAGGGCUUUCAUGGCAAAUUUUAUUUUAACUGUUUCUAUGGUUACUGGAAAUGUUGGGUUUAGUUUCUAAAACCAUGUUUUAAGUAGCUACAGGAGCUAUAGAUUUGAAUCUAAUGUUGCAUUAGUCUUUUCAGUUAUCUUCUACCUCCUGUAUUUUCUACUGUAAUAAUGUAAUUUAAGGCCUUCCACAAUGAACAGUUCACUUUAUUCCCUGGGUUUUCUAUAUAAACAGUUUUCAAGAUAUGAUUUGGUUAAAAAUAAUUUGUUAUAAAAAUUCUGUUCGCAAAUUAAACUGUAAAAGUAUCAAAAAAAAAAAA